AGCACACCAACAGUUCAAGUACAUAACGCACCGCAACCCACUCACAAUGGUUAUCAAGAUUGGAUAUGUUCCUGAACACUUUUCUACUCCAUUGCACAUGAGCAACGAGAAUGGAUACUUCACCGAGGCUGGAGUGGAAGUAGAAUUAGUGUGCUGCCCUGGAGGAACCGGUGAGAUGACAUCCAAACUCAAGGACGGUUCCAUCAAUUUGGCAGUUGCCUUGACAGAAGGUUUGACAGCUGGUAUUGCCAAUGGCCAGGACUGGUACAAAAUUGUCGGCACAUACGUCAGUGCACCCCUUUGCUGGGCACUCUCCGCUGGAGUCGAUUCCAAACAUGAUUCAAUUGCCACGCUUAACCACACUGACGUAGCUAUCUCCCGCUUCGGCUCAGGAUCCCAUAUCAUGGCGUUUGUGCUUGCUGAUCAACAGGGUUGGCUCGCUCCCAAUGUAAAGGAAAACCCACCUUUCACAUUCACAGCGCUAAGUAACUUCAAAGCCAUGCGCGACGCUGUCAAUGCUGGCACUAGCGACUUCUUCAUGUGGGAAACCUUCACCACAAAGCCAUACCAUGAUUCUGGUGAAGUCAAGCGUAUCGGACAAAUCACACCUCCAUGGCCUGCCUUCUGUUUCGCCGCCAGCACCAGUCUGCUCGAAGAAGACAGUGAGGGAGUCAAGAAGGCAUUGGAAGCCAUCAACAAGGCUACCAAGUUGUUCAUUGCUCAGAAAGAUAAGGAAUCAGUGGAGCAUAUCAUGCGCAUCCUGGAUUACCAAGAAGUGGAUGUUCGCGAGUGGUUCAAGACCGUUCGUUACCAAGAUAACCUUCGAGAUGUUUCCCGCAAAGCUCUUGAUGUCACAGUAGAGACCCUGAUCAAAGCUGGAGUGAUUGAAAAGCCAUUAUCUGCUGAAAAAUUGGUUGACAGCGGUAUUGCGAACAUCAUUGCUUGAACGAGCCCACUCAUUCAAGACAAAUGG